GAAGGAGAGGGGUCACAUCGGCACGUGGUGGCUGAUUCCGCCAUUUAUUAAACUACACUGACGACUUUCCCAGCAGAGAACCGUUUAAGUUCUCCCACGUCUUCCUUUCACCCCCACUCCCCCAACCAGCUGUUGCUAGCUGUCUUUCCUCCCUCCCAUGUGACCCCCGGCCUCACCCUCACCCAUUGGCCUUGAAAAAACAUAGGUCUCCAAAUUCACAGAGAGAGAGAGAGAGAGAGAGAGAGAGAGCAGCAUUUCAUGAUCGAUUUGUAAUGAAGAUGUUGCUGUUAUUGUCGUCGUCCAUGUCAUUGCACUGGCUCUGAUCACCUCCCUCAAUGUCUCCCAAGUGUUUUUCCAAGUCCAAGAUUGCGAUAAAGAUUACUGUUUUAUGGUCAUAGUUCUCUCUCUCUCUCUCUCUCUCUCUCUCUCUCUCUCAAAUAAUCAACACUCAUUUUUCGUGAUCCUUUUUUGUUGUCUUGGUUGAUCUUUCUCUCAAAUUGCAUAUAUAUUUGGCAAUCUAUUGUUUUGGUGUUAUAUGGCACAAUUACCACCCAAGAUACCAAGCAUGACUCAAAAUUGGCAUUCUUCUUCUCACCAAAGAAUGCCCAUUAAUAUGUCAAACUUCGUUCCCACCAACAACAAUACUUCUACUUCCAUGCCCACCGCCCAACAACAACAACCCACUUGGGUGGACGAGUUCCUCGACUUCUCGUCAGCCCGGCGAGGAGCCCAUCGGCGGUCCAUGAGCGACUCCAUUGCCUUCCUCGAGACGGCUCCAUUCAUCGGUGUCGAAUGCCGGAAUAAUGGCACCAGCGGCGGCUUCGACCGCUUGGACGAUGACCAGCUCAUGUCAAUGUUCUCCGACGAGGUCUUGGUAGCGCUGCCGCCUACAGUCUCGUCUUCCAAUGCGUCCACGCCGUCUGACCACAACAGCAUCGACGACGAGAAUAAGCCAAUAAUGCCUCUCGACCAACAGCCCAAAAGUGAACCAGGAGAGGUUGAAAGCUCAUGCAAACCCGAGCCACAAGAUCCACUUCCCUCCACCACCCCCAGCGGCGACUCCAUCGUCGAUCCUAAGAGGGUGAAAAGAAUUUUGGCAAACCGGCAAUCAGCGCAAAGGUCAAGAGUGAGGAAACUGCAAUAUAUUUCGGAGCUAGAACGAAGUGUAACAACAUUACAGACCGAAGUAUCAUCAUUGUCACCAAGGGUUGCAUUCUUGGACCACCAAAGGUUGAUACUUAAUGUCGAUAAUAGCGCUCUCAAGCAACGGAUCGCUGCUUUGGCUCAAGAUAAUAUUUUCAAAGAUGCUCAUCAAGAGGCAUUAAAGAAGGAAAUAGAAAGAUUAAGGCAAAUCUAUCACCAACAGAACCUCAAGAAGAUGAGCAGCGCAGCCAAUCAAAAUGCACCACCACCACCAACAUCGCCAUCACAAGCACCGCAGCCCCCAACUCCUGGUCAUUUUGGAGGUACGGACAAGGAAAGGCUUCUCAACUGAGAGAGAGAGAGAGAGAGAGAGAGAGAGAGAGAGAGAGAGAGAGAGAGGGAGAGAGCGUGGGUGCAUUCUGCUACUGGAUUUUCACGUGAUGUGUUCCCACUUGUUGGCUUACAUGGGGUCCCUGAUAAAGCUUUGUGGGAUUAUGAGGAUUGGAGUUGACACGUGGACUACUUAGGUUGGGUGGCGAAAACAUCUUGUUUUCCUAUACCCCUCUUAUUUGGGAAUCUAGGGUUUGGAGUUGGGUUUAUUUCUUUUUGCUUUUGUGAUAUUAUAUGAUUAUUUUUUUGGGCCUCUAACUUUUAGUUAUUUCUUCGAUGGGUAAAAAAAUGGUGCCUUUUAAUAUGUUGGGUGGGUUUGUAUUGGGAUAGAUGAAAGAUGUCAUCGGGGUUGAGGGGUUGCUAUGCUUGAUUCUUGUAUCUUUUCUUUCCUUGGGCCUAAUAAUAUCCUGUAACUUCUGUUUAUUUUAUUCUUUUUUACUGGAACAAUGUAAAUAUAUGGACUGUGGCACAAGGCCGUUUCACUA